GGGCCGUCUUAGGUCAGCUAGUAGAGUGCAAGGCUUUUAACCAUGCGGUCGUGGUUCGACCGGCGUUUUCCAUUUUUUAAAAAUUUUGCAUCUAAUCCCACACCCUGAAAAAAUAAAAAAUAACAAUUGUAAUCCCCUCUUUCGUCAUUUCAUCCAUGGCGUUUCUCUCAAUCCCUCUCAUUUUCUUUCGAGCUGCUCCUGCAAUUCCAUCUUGUUACUCGACUCUAUCAGCAUACCAUUUUCUUCAACCAGAAAUUCGCAAUCAGUAUUCAUUGCAAGUGAAGUCAUCCUGCAGACUAAACCUUUCGGCAUUAUGCACGAGUUGCGAGGUUGGCGCAGGAUUUUUGGCGGAGGAAUUCGGAGCUCAAAAUGGAAGAAUGGAAAAUCAUGGACCUGAAAUUGGAGAUUUCGAUAGUUCUCAGUAUGAAGUUCUUCUUAAAGGUGGUGAACAAGUUACUUCCGUCCUUGAAGAAAUGGCCAAGCUAUUGGAAGAUAUGAAGAUGGAUGAAGCAUCUGAAGAGGUAGCAGUGCAAUUGGCUGCACAAGGAGUGAUUGGGAAAAGAGUUGAUGAAAUGGAGUCCGGGUUCAUGAUGGCCCUUGAUUACAUGAUCCAAACUGCUGACAAGGACCAGGAUGACAAGCGCAAAUCACUCUUGGAAGUUAUCAAGGAGACUGUAUUAUCCCAUCUUACCAAGAAGUGCCCCCCUCAUGUUCAAGUCAUAGGCCUGCUCUGUAGAACUCCCCAAAAAGAAAGCAGACAUGAAUUGCUUAGGCGAGUAGCUGCCGGUGGUGGAGUAUUUCAAAGUGAGAAUGGCACAAAAGUCCAUCUUCCUGGGGCAAAUUUGAAUGAUAUAGCUAACCAAGCGGAUGAUAUUCUGGAGACGAUGGAAUCUCGUUCUGUUGUCCCUGACAGGAAGUUACUAGCUAGGUUAGUUUUAAUAAGAGAAGAAGCUAGGAACAUGAUGGGAGGUGGAAUACUUGAUGAAAGAAAUGAUCGUGGCCUGAAUAUUCUUCCUGAAUCAGAGGUGAACUUUUUAACUAAACUUGUUUCCAUAAGACCAGGCAAAACUGUACGCGACAUGAUAAAAAACGUGAUGCUUGGUAAAGAAGAAGGUGCAGACAGUUCGGAUGAUGAAGUUGGUUCUGCUGGUGGAAUUGCAGGAAGGGCAAGCGUAAGUGGGCGAAAACCAUCACCUGUGCGUCCUGGCAUGUUUCUUGAAACAGUUUCUAAGGUGUUAGGUGGCAUAUAUGGAGGAAAUGUCUCUGGAGUCACAGCACAGCAUCUUGAAUGGGUUCAUCAGAACACACUUCAAAUACUUCAAGAGAUUGCAUUCUAGUUGUUCCUUGCACUACUUCCCAGGAACUCUCGAUAUAUCCUGCUUACUUAUCUUGGAAGCUUCAAAAAAUUUGGUAUUUGAAUAUUCAUCAUAAUCCAUGUGUGAUUUUUAUUUUAUUUUAUUUGUUUUUUUUGGGGUUGAGGGAGGGUGGGGGUGGGGCUGGACUUUUCAUCUUAUACAGCAGUCUUCUUUAGUGCACAAAGAAUUUUAUGGUACUUAUGUAAGUAUAGUUGUCAGACGAACAUGAAUGGUCUAGAAGGUAAACAUGUAGAAUUUGAAGUAAAAUUCUGAGACAUCUACUGUUUUGGGAACACCCAAAGCAGAGCACAAGUACAGGUGUAAAAAGAUUUGACGCAAGUAAUGCUAUAUUCACUUUAUUUUGUAAUUUUCAA